AUGCACAUCCCGCGCAUCCGGGCUUUUCAAGCGGUGUCCUCGAGCGUGACGCGCCGGACGUUCUCGAGCAGUAGCAUACGACGCGAUGUAGUCGAGCUGGCUUUCCACCGCCACGAUCCGCCGGAUAAGUCGUCCAUUGCAGGGCCGGCGAUCAUCGUGAUGCACGGCCUGUUCGGAUCGCAGAGGAACAACCGUACGCUGAGUAAAGCGCUAGCCAAAGACCUCUCUCGACCCGUAUACACGAUCGACCUACGCAACCACGGCGACAGCCCGCACUCGCCGGUGCACGACUACCCAUCGAUGGCAGAGGACGUGGAACACUUUGUGGCAAAGCACAACAUUUCACGACCCACGCUGAUCGGGCAUUCAAUGGGCGCCAAGGUGGCCAUGACAAUGGCCCUGCGGUCGCCGGACAAGUACUCGGCCUUGAUCCCCGUGGACAACGCGCCCGUCGACGCGGCCCUCAAAUCCGAUUUUGGCAUGUACGUCAAGGCUAUGCGCGAGGUCGAGGACCACCGGCCACCCAUCACGAAACAAAGCGAGGCCGACAAGAUCCUGGCCAAGUAUGAGCCCGACCUGGCCAUCCGCCAGUUCUUGUUGACCAACUUGGUCAAGAAGCCCGCCACAACAACUACUUCCUCCACAGGCCCACACCAACGCGGCCCAGCCGACCAUCCUCAUCGUCACGCCCAGAAAACUGAACUCAAGUUCAGAAUCCCCUUGCAUACCCUUGCAAAGGCCUUGCCGGCCAUGGCCGAUUUCCCUUUCAAGGAUCCCGACCAGACUCGCUACGAGGGUCCCACCUUGGUCGUCAGAGGCACAAGGUCGCAUUACGUCGCCGACGAGAUGUUGCCCUUGAUCGGCCGCUUCUUCCCCCAGUUCGAACUUCUCGAGUUUGAUUGUGGCCAUUGGGUCAUGAGUGAGAAGUUUGAGGAAUUCCGCGCCGGCGUUGUCGAGUGGAUCGGCAGAGUCGUCGACGAGAAGGAAAAAGAGAGGUCGAGAUCAUGA